AUGACCGGCUAUGGGAAGGUCGGUGUCGUGCUUGCGCACAGACCAGAGGUGCUCUGCAAAGUGGUCAUUCAGUCUGCGUCUGGUUUCUCCAAUGGCUGCAAGGGUUCGGAAAGCAGCACGUGGUCGGUCGCGUUUGCAUUCUCGCUCAGGGUUAACCGGCUCACAUGUUCUAAGCGGGCCGCCGUCCGACAGGAAGAAGGGGAAAAAGAAUAUCAGAUCAUGCCGGCUGCUUGUGAUUCAUUAGUGGAAGACAUUGAAGAUAUUGUGUCAGCACAAGAUCCAAAACCUCAUGAUCAACAGUUUGCAAAACGGAACAUUAUCCCACAUGUUAGGAAGAGAAACAAACACAAGCAGGAUGAGGGGACAGAAGAUCUACAGGCUGACAGUGUUAUCCCUGGUGCACAGAAGAUCUGGGUGAAGACCUGGGGAUGUUCACAUAACAGUUCAGAUGGAGAAUAUAUGGCAGGCCAACUGGCUGUUUAUGGAUAUAAAAUUACAGACGGAGAGCAGUGUAGAUACACCGGGUUGUGGUCAGACGAGUCUGUCUGCUCAAAGAUAGAUUUUCUGUUUGUGUCUCGCAUGUUCUUGGUCAGCUCCAUUGACGUGAAGCUGGUGGUCUUCUCUGACCACCGCAUCCUGCUGGCUGACUGUCAUCUACGGGCUGGCUAG